UGUACGAUUGCCUCCAAGAGUGAUUUAAUUUUCUCUUCUUCCUUGUACGAUUGUCCCAUCGCCCAACCGCCUGAGAGAACCGGUACCGUCUUCUUCAUCAAGCUUUCCGACUUUCUUCUCUUAUUAAUCGCCCUCUCUCUCUCUCUCUCUCUCUAUCUCUCUCGCUCAAACAUGCACAGAUAAUCUACCAUGGCGAUAUCAUCAAAACCUGUCGUCGCCCUUUUCUUCUCUCUCUGCGUCUUCCUUCCUUUGAUUUCAGCAAUGUCCACGGACAUCAAGUAUUGCAGCCAGGCAAACUAUGCCGUGAAGGUGACCGGAGCUGAUAUAACACCUUUUCCGGUGAAGAGAGGCGACAACGCCACUUUCAGUAUCACUGCUGCCACAGAUAAAGGUAUGGUUGGUGGAAAGCUAGGGAUACAUGUCCUAUACUAUGGAAUGGACAUCUACCACGAGACUUACAACAUUUGUGCAGAGACAUCUUGCCCUAUUUCUACUGGUUAUUUUGUUUUAUCACACACUCAAAAAUUACCACAGUAUACACCCACGGGUGAAUUCUCCCUUAAAAUGACAAUACUAGAUGAAGAGGAUAAUGAGUUGACAUGUAUCACCUUCGACUUUGUUAUCGGCGUUGGCAUUGGACUUAUUGCAAAAUCGAAGGGAAUUCUUUCCAACUUUCUCUAGUAACAUGCCAUGGUCAUGCUCUGAGUUGCAAGAAUAAAUAGAUUUGAACUUAUGUUUUGUUACCCAUCUUCUUUGUAAUCAUGAUGCAUACACUUCAUUGAUGGAGUGUUCAUUUUGUCUAGUGUUUAUGUAUUGUUUGUUUCCAAGUGGUCCUUAAUUUUUGAA